CACACCUGAGAUGAAGUUCGUUGCCAUUCUCCUGCUAAGCAGCCUCACCAUUGCGAUGGUCCUGGCAUUUCCUAGUAACGACGAUAAAAAUGCUGCUCUGCCAGCUGAUAACCAGUAUGCUGCUGCACUGGCCAGUCCAUCAGCUGCAGGAUCUGCAGAUACAUCGGCAUCGGCGGACCAGAUCUCUAACAGCAUACGCCGGCCACGUUAUCUGCUGAGCAAACUCUUUCAGCCGAAGACCGUCGUGGUGCAGCCAGUGAUCGUGGAGCAGGUGGUUCCCGCUCAAUAUCCCGGAUAUGCACAGCCAUAUCCCGGAUACUACAACCAGGGCAGACGCAUCUGGUAGACCUAUUUUAAGCACUUGUAGCAAAUUAAAUAAAGACGCCUGACCUUAAAGUCAAAGAUUAAA